AUGUUCAAAGAAAUUACAUUGAAGUCUUCGGAUAUGAAGUAUGAUGAUAUGAUUACUAAAAUAUCACAAACCACGGGUAUAGGUAGUCAAACAAUCAUUAGAAUCUUAUCGGAGUAUAAAAGGAAGAAAACUGUCAGUUCUCCCAACAAAAAUCAAGCAAAAAAAUCUCUUUUCGACAAAAUUGACGAUUUAGAUCGCAAUGGAUUAAGGCAAAAGGUACAUGGUAUUUGGUUGCGUCGUGAACUACCGACGAUCGAUAAGAUAUUACACGAGGUGAACGAAGAUCCAUCGCUUCCAAACUUCAAACGUACCACCUUGUAUAAUAUCAUAAAAAAAUUGGACUUCGUAUUCGCCAAACGAAAAAGGUGCAGUGUGUUGACAGAGCGGGAAGACUUGAUUAAUUGGCGCCGCAAUUACUUAUACGACAUACGCAAAUAUUGCGAGGAAGGUCGAACCAUAUAUUACUUGGACGAAACAUGGUUGAAUGCCGGUGAUUGUGUGGACCGCGUGUGGAUGGACAAAACGGUAAAUUCAAAACACGAUGCGUUCAACAAAGGUCUUACAACUGGUCCAUCCAACCUAAUCGGUAAGGGAAAACGCCUUAUUAUACUACAUAUUGGUUCGGACAAAGGAUUUUUACCAGGCGGUCUAUUAUGUUUCGAGUCGAAGAAAAAUAGCGUCGAUUACCACGACGAAAUGAAUGGUGAUAAUUUUAAAGAGUGGUUUGAAUCUAUUCUUCCUCGACUCGAUCCCAAUUCUAUUGUGGUUAUGGAUAACGCACCUUAUCAUUCCGUCCAAGCCGAAAAAUAUCCAUCUGCCAGUUGGAAUAAAGCCGAAAUAUUGGAGUGGCUUAAUUCCAAAGGUGUCGUUUUUGACCGCCCAAUGUUGAAGGCACAACUCUUGGUUAAAGCACGUGAGUUAAAACCACGUCAUAAGUCGUAUAUUAUCGACAAUUUGGCAAAAGACACAAGACACACCGUCCUCCGAUUACCCUCGUACCAUUGCGAAUUCAAUCCAAUUGAAUUAGCAUGGGCAAUGGUAAAAGGGUACGUGAAGCGGUUGAAUAACACAUUUAAGAUUGACGACGUUCGCCAACUUCUUUAUACGGCUAUAGAACGGGUAACGGUAGAAAAUUGGCGAAAUUUUAUUAAACACGUUAUUGAGGAGGAAAAUAAAAUUUGGAAAGUUGAUGACAUCAUGGAAGAAUUGAUUGAAGGAAUGGAACCAUGCGUGCUGACAAUAACUGGAGAAACUUCUGAUGAUGAAUCUUCUUAA